AUGGGUAUGGUAAACUUCAAAUAUGAGCGAUUGCCAACUUUCUACUUCAUAUGUGGGAGAAUUAGGCAUGAGGACAAAUUUUACGAAAUAUUGUUCUCGGAUCCACAAUCGGACAUUGGAAAACCAUAUGGCUUAUGGUUGAGGGCCCAUGACGGGAGACAAAAGAUGAAUGUGGGGGAAGAAUGGCUCGGGCAAGGGCCAUCGGAGAUGACUAAGGAUGUGGUGGCCGAUGAACAAAUGGUGGUGGAUGACAAUAAACCAAUCAAGAUGGCUGGGCAACCCACGGUCGGUUCAAGUCUUAGUGGACCUAGUCCACAAAAGAAGCAUGUAUUGGUGUUUUUUAGUGAAACACUUUGUACCGGAUCGAAGAUUAACCUAUUUCGGAGGAAGUUGGGGUUUGAGGGGGCGUUGCUUGUGGAAUGUAUUGGAAGGGGAGAUGGACUGGCUCUACUUGUGGAAAGAAAAAGAUGGAGUUAG